CGAUGAUUGAUCUAAAUUAUGUGCCUUUUCCUGUUCAACAAAUAGGGUGUAGGACAUGCGAUGCCAGAUCCUGAGACAAGGUAAAUUCAUGCAGGCUCUGUGUUUACUGUAGAGUGAGUCUGGCAAAACAGGUUAUGUCAGAUCAGGUAAAUCAUGUCAAACUGUAAUAAUUCAACACGGAUUGAUUCAAAGAUGACUGGGAAAAGACAUACUUUGCGCGACCAGGAAGCGUGGUCAGUUGGACUUCUUAAUUGAUCAUACAAGUUAGCCACCAAUGAAAUGUCAAAGUUCUAACAAGUGAGCUGCGGUGUCUACUGCAUAAAAUACAAUAUAGGUACGAGUAAAUUGUUAUAGCAUCUAAUCCUUCACUCCAUUUUUCUCUCUGCUAACCACACCAAGAAGGGAUCAGAAAGAUGUAAGAGAGGGCUUCCUCCUCCUCCUCCUACCUUAUGCUCUUCCCUGAUUAGACCAUUUGGUGCUGCCUAGACAGGACACAGGUUCAGCAUCUGCUUUCCAUGCUUGUAUCGAAAAGAAGCCAUGCAGCCGCUCCAUUUUUCAUACAAGAAAUACAGGAGUAGAUUACCCAUACCAGUCCUUGCCAUUGCUCUUGUGCUGCUGGUCUCUUUGGCCACCCCUACAAGUUCCUGCACAGAGCAGGAGAAGACAUCUCUCCUCCAAUUCCUUGCUGGGCUCUCGAAGGUUUCUGGUCUCGCCAAGUCAUGGAAGGAAGAAGGCACUGAUUGCUGCCAAUGGCAAGGGAUCACCUGCAACGGUAACAAGGCGGUCACUCAGGUCUCUCUGCCAUCUAGAGGCCUUGAAGGGUCAAUCAGACCUUCUCUUGGUAACCUCACUAGCUUACAGCACCUUAACUUGUCCUACAACUCACUGUCCGGUGGCCUGCCGCUAGAAUUGGUGUCGUCCAGCAGCAUCAUCGUCCUGGACGUCAGCUUCAACCACCUCACUGGAGACCUGCAUGAGCUGCCAUCUUCAACCCCUGGCCAGCCUCUAAAGGUACUUAAUAUCUCAAGCAACUUGUUUACAGGGCAGUUUACAUCCACAACAUGGAAGGGGAUGGAGAAUCUAGUCGCACUCAAUGCCAGCAACAACAGCUUUACUGGGAAGAUUCCAAGUCAUUUCUGUAACAUAUCACAAAACUUUGCUAUCCUUGAACUCUGUUACAACAAACUCAGUGGCAGUAUUCCCCCAGGACUCGGUAAUUGCUCCAAGCUCAAAGUGCUCAAGGCUGGCCACAACCACCUCAGUGGGGGUCUCCCUGAUGAACUCUUCAAUGCUACCUUGUUGGAGCAUCUCUCUUUUUCCAGCAACAGUUUACAUGGAAUUCUUGAGGGCACACAUAUAGCCAAACUCAGUAAUCUGGUCAUCCUUGAUCUUGGAGAAAAUAAUUUCAGGGGAAAGCUACCCGAUUCCAUAGUUCAGCUCAAGAAAUUGCAGGAACUUCAUUUGGGCUAUAACAGCAUGUCUGGGGAGCUGCCAUCCACCCUGAGCAACUGCACAAAUCUCACAAACAUCGACCUCAAGAACAACAAUUUCAGUGGAGAACUCACCAAGGUCAUUUUCUCCAACUUACCCAAUCUAAAAAUCUUAGAUCUCAGGAAGAACAACUUCAGUGGCAAAAUUCCAAAAAGCAUAUAUUCAUGCCACAGACUAGCUGCGCUGCGUCUAUCUUUUAAUAAUUUCCAAAGCCAGUUAUCAAAGGGACUAGGCAAUCUGAAGUCACUCUCCUUCCUUUCACUUACUGGCAAUAGUUUUACAAAUUUGACAAAUGCACUUCAGAUACUAAAGAGCUCCAAAAACCUCGCUACCCUUCUUAUUGGGCUGAACUUCAUGAACGAGAGCAUGCCAGAUGAUGAAAGCAUUGACGGUUUUGAGAAUCUUCAGGUUCUUUCCUUAAGUGCAUGCUCAUUGUUGGGGAAAAUACCUUAUUGGUUAUCAAAGCUAACAAAUUUGCAGAUUUCCUCCUGCAUGGAGCUGGAGAGGACAUCCCUCCUCCAGUUCCUCUCGGAGCUCUCGCAGGAUGCUGGUCUCACCAAGCUUUGGCAAGGUACUGACUGCUGCAAAUGGGAAGGAAUCACCUGCAACCAAAACGGGACAGUCAGUGCUGUCUCGCUGCCUUACAGGGGCCUUGAGGGGCAUAUCUCACAGUCCCUUGGCAACCUCACUGGCUUGCAGCGUCUUAACUUGUCCUACAAUUCGCUGUUCGGUGACCUGCCGCUCGGAUUGGUGUCAUCCACAAGCAUCAUCGUCCUCGACGUCAGCUUCAACCAGCUCAAUGGAGACCUGCAUGAGCUGCCAUCUUCAACCCUGGGCCAGCCUCUACAGGUACUUAACAUCUCAAGCAACUUGUUUACAGGGCAGCUUACAUCCACAUCAUGGGGGAUGCAGAAUCUGAUUGCAUUGAAUGCCAGCAAUAACAGCUUUACUGGGCAGAUUCCAAGUCAUUUCUGUAACAUAGCACCAUCUUUUGCUGUGCUUGAACUCAGUUACAACAAAUUCAGUGGCAGUAUCCCCCCAGGGCUUGGUAAUUGCUCCAUGCUCAGAGUACUCAAGGCUGGCCACAACAACCUCAGUGGGACUCUCCCCCAUGAACUUUUCAAUGCUACCUCGUUGGAAUAUCUCUCUUUUUCCAGCAACUGUUUACAUGGAAUACUUGAUGGUACACAUAUAGCCAAACUCUCUAAUCUGGUUGUCCUUGAUCUUGGAGAAAACAAUUUCAGCGACAAGAUACCUGAUUCCAUAGGUCAACUCAAGAGAUUGCGAGAACUUCAUUUGGACUAUAAUAGCAUGUUUGGGGAGCUGCCAUCAACCCUGAGCAACUGCACAAAUCUCAUAGCUAUAGACCUUAAGAGCAACAGUUUCAGUGGUGAACUCUCCAAGGUUAAUUUCAGCAAUAUGCCCAAUCUAAGAACCAUAGAUCUUAUGCUGAAUAAUUUCAGUGGCAAAAUUCCAGAAAGCAUAUACUCCUGUAGAAACCUGACUGCACUACGGCUAUCUUCGAAUAAGUUCCAUGGACAGUUAUCAGAAGGACUAGGCAAUCUGAAGUCCCUCUCGUUCCUGUCGCUUGCAAACAACAGUCUUUCAAAUAUAGCAAAUGCACUUCAGAUACUAAGGACCUCCAAGAACCUGACCACACUUCUUUUUGGGAUCAAUUUCUUUAACGAAACCAUACCAGAUGAUGCCGAAACUUAUGGUUUUGAGAAUCUUCAGUUUAUGGACAUCGGAAAUUGCCUCCUAUUGGGGGAAAUACCUCUUUGGAUAUCAAAGUUAGUAAAUUUGGAAAUAUUGGUUUUAAAUGGCAAUCAACUCAGUGGACCUAUACCAACCUGGAUCGACACACUGGACAACCUUUUCUAUUUAGACAUAUCAAACAACAGCCUUACAGGGGAAAUUCCGAAAGAAUUAAUGAAUAUGCCAAUGCUAACUUCAGAUAAGACUGCAGCUCAUUUGGAUGCAAGCGUCUUUGAUCUGCCAGUUUAUGAUGGUCCAUCACGUCAAUACCGCAUACCGAUUGCUAUUCCUAAAGUUUUAAAUCUAAACACAAACAAGUUCACAGGUCUGAUUCCCCCAGAGAUUGGUCAGUUGAAAGCCCUCCUUUCAUUUGAUGUCAGCUCCAACAACUUAACUGGACCAAUCCCCCCAUCUAUCUGCAAUCUCACAAACCUGCUGGUGCUAGAUUUAUCCAACAAUAAUCUCACGGGUAAAAUCCCAGUUGCAUUGGAGAACCUGCACUACCUUUCCACAUUCAACAUUUCUAACAAUGACCUAGAAGGGCCUAUUCCAACUGGUGGCCAAUUUAGUACAUUUCAGAAUUCCAGCUUUUUGGGGAAUCCGAAGUUGUGUGGCUCUAUGCUUGGUCAUCGAUGCGAUUCAGCUGAUGUACCUCUGGUAUCCACAGAAGGAAGAGAUAAGAAGGCCAUUGUUGCAAUUUCAAUUGGCGUGUUCUUUGCAGCAAUUGCCAUUCUUUUGUUGCUGUGGCGUGUCCUUGUCUCAAUCAAGGCUAACAAUCUAACAGCCCAAAGUCGAAGAGAGGAUAAUGGAGAUUUUGAAACAUUUUCAUUCAACUCCAGCUCAGAGCAUGAACUGAUCAUGAUGACACGAGGAAUGGGAGAAGAAAGCAAGCUCACAUUCUCUGACAUUGUAAAAGCUACAAAUAACUUCAACAAAGAAAACAUUAUUGGGUGUGGUGGCUAUGGUCUAGUCUACAAGGCUGAGCUACCUGAUGGCUGCAAGCUCGCCAUCAAGAAGCUCAAUGGUGAAAUGUGCUUGAUGGAAAGGGAGUUCACUGCAGAGGUUGAAGCACUGUCCAUGGCUAAGCAUGACCAUCUUGUGCCACUGUGGGGAUACUGCAUCCAGGGAAGCUCAAGGUUCCUCAUAUACUCCUACAUGGAGAAUGGCAGCCUGGACGAUUGGCUUCACAACAGGGAUGACGAUGCCAGCACAUUUCUUGACUGGCCAACAAGGCUCAGGAUUGCGCAAGGAGCAAGCCGUGGCCUUUCUUAUAUCCAUAAUGACUGCAAACCUCACAUUGUGCACCGUGACAUCAAAUGCAGCAACAUCCUACUUGACAAAGAAUUAAAAGCUUAUGUUGCAGAUUUUGGACUGUCAAGGUUGAUCCUUUCGAACAAAACCCAUGUCACGACAGAGUUGGUUGGCACUCUAGGUUACAUCCCCCCUGAGUAUGCGCAUGGAUGGGUGGCCACUUUGAGAGGUGAUAUAUACAGCUUCGGAGUUGUCCUUCUUGAGCUGCUCACAGGGUUGCGACCUGUUCCAGUCCAGACAACAUCAAAAGAACUUGUCCCAUGGGUGCUGGAGAUGAGCUCUCAGGGAAAGGAAGUUGAUGUCCUGGAUCCAACACUCUAUGGCACAGGGCAUGAAGAGCAAAUGCUUAAGGUGCUUGAGGUUGCUUGCAAAUGUGUGAACAAUAACCCUAGCAUGAGGCCACAUAUCAUGGAAGUAGUUACACGCCUGGAAAGCAUCAAUGUUGGCCUGCAGACACAAAAGUCAGUCAAGACAAUACAGUUAGCCAGUUAUACGUGAGAAUAUUGUAAAUUCAUGCAUAGAGUACAUGUAUCUUUAACAAGAGGUACUACUUUUGAGUUCUACUAGUGUUAUAGUGUCCUGUACAAUUUUGCACAUACUGAGACCUGUGUACUUCUUUGAGUAAAGAAUCCAUCUGGACCAUACGCCA